CCAUGGGGACUGCUGGGCUGCGCACGCUGCAGCUGCUGCUCCUGCUGAGCGCUUGGCGGGCACGUGGAGGUGCCGCGCGAUGCCGCGUCACGCUGGUACUGUCCCCGCAGAAGGCGACCGGCGCCGUCUGCAGGAGCUCCGACACCUCCCACGACGGCGAACUGGACGCGCUGCGCAUGCGCGUGGGCCGCCACGAGGAGCUGCUGCGCGCGCUGCAGAGGCGCGCGGCCGAGGGAGGUGGGCUCGCGGGCGAGGUGCGCGCGCUGCGUGAGCACAGCCACAGCCUGAACACACGCCUGGGCCAGCUGCGCGCGCAACUGCAGCCGGAGGCGGGGGCGGAGCCUGGCCCGGGGGCGGAGCCUGGCCCGGGGGCGGAGCCCGCUGCGGCGCUCAGUCUGCUCGCAGAGCGCGCGCUGUACGCCGAGGCCGAGGCGCGCCGGAUGGCAGCGCGCCUGCAGCAGCUGGACGCGCAGCUCCGCGAGCAUGCGCAGCUCGUCAGCCAGCACAGCCGCCUCCUGGGCCGCCUGCAGCGCGCGUGCGCGGACCCGGAACGGGGCCAGCAGCAGGUCCUGCCACUGCCUCUGGUGCCUUUGGUUCCUCUGAGUCUUGUGGGCAGUGCCCGAAACAGCAGCAGGAUGCGGGACCAAACUCCAGAGCACCAGAGAGACCAGAGCUCGAGGCGGCCGGAGCCCCCGUCUCCUCCCCUACCUACUGGGCACCUUGCUGUUUCCACCAGGCCGGUGGGCCCAUGGAGGGACUGUGCGGAGGCUCACGGGGCAGGUCACAGGCAGAGCGGAGUGUAUGAGCUGCGGCUGGGCCGGCGUGUGGUACCCGUGUGGUGUGAACAGCAGCAGGAGGGUGGAGGCUGGACCGUCAUCCAGCGGCGGCAGGACGGCUCGGUCAAUUUCUUCACCAACUGGCAGCACUACAAGGCGGGCUUUGGACGGCCAGACGGGGAAUACUGGCUGGGCUUGGAACCCAUGCAUCAGGUGACCAGCCGUGGGGACCAUGAGCUGCUGAUCCUCCUGGAGGACUGGGGGGGCCGUGGGGCGCGCGCCCACUAUGACAGCUUCUCCUUGGAACCCGAGAGUGACCACUACCGUCUGCGGCUUGGACAGUACCAUGGUGAUGCUGGAGACUCUCUCUCCUGGCACAGCGACAAACCUUUCAGCACUGUGGACAGGGACCGAGACUCCUAUUCUGGUAACUGUGCCCUGUACCAUCGUGGGGGCUGGUGGUACCACGCCUGUGCCCACUCCAACCUCAAUGGUGUGUGGUAUCAUGGAGGUCACUACCGGAGCCGUUACCAGGACGGGGUCUACUGGGCCGAGUUCCGCGGUGGGGCGUACUCUCUGAAGAAGGCUGUUAUGCUGACCCGGCUUGUGCGGUUGUGACUGUCCCAUGAGUACCCCCAAGGGCCUUUCUGUCUCCUUGAGCUGGUUUCUUAUAGCAACACGAGGUGUCCACACACCAUGUCUGUCGUUCCUGUGUCUAUCUGGCCAGGGUCACUCUCGGGGCCCACCAUCCUCCUCGUCCUC